GGCACUUCCCUCCCUGACACAGUGACUUGGACCAGCUCUGCCCUGCCAGAGGCAGACAUGGUGCCCCUGCUGCUGCUGCCCCUGCUGUGGGGGGGGUCCGUGCAGCAGCCGCAAGACUAUGAGCUCCAAGUGCAGGAAUCGGUGAUGGUGCAGGAGGGUCUGUGUGCCCACGUGCCCUGUUCCUUCUACCCGUGGAGUUCGUGGUAUUCCUCUACUAAAGUCUACACCUACUGGUACCAGAACGGGGCGAACACUUACCGUCAUGCUCCUGUGGCCUCAAACAAUCCAGAUAAAGCAGUGAAGACAGAGACCCAAGGCCGCUUCCUCCUCGCAAACCCCACGACCAACAAUUGUUCCCUGCAAAUCAGAGACGCCAGGAAGAGUGACAGAGGACGCUACUUCCUCCGAGUGGAGAUAGGAUAUCCUGAAUAUAAUCACCAAGGAAAAGUACAAGGUUAUAACUUCCAAGGAUAUAGUUACAAAUAUAAGAUGCUGGAUUUGCAGGUGACAGCCCUGACAGAGAAACCCCACAUCCGUGUACGGGAGCCCCUGGAGUCCGGCCGCCCCACACAGCUGGCCUGCAGCCUGCCAGGGGCCUGCGAAGGGGGCCGACCUCUCACCUUCUCCUGGGCGGGAGCCGCUGUGGACUCACUGAACCGCCAGACCCUCGACUCCUCGGUGCUCACCUUCACCCCGAGGCCCCGGGACCAUGGCACCAACUUCACCUGUCAGGUGAAGCAGCAAGGGUCCCAGUGGACCACACAGAGAACCAUCCAGCUCAAUGUCUCCUAUGCCCCAGGGAACCUCACCAUAGGCGUCUCCUUCAGAAACGACACAGUCUUUAAGAAUCUGCAAACCACAUCCCUUCCCAUCCUGGAGGGAGAGGCCCUGAGGCUGCGCUGUGAGGCUGACAGCAACCCCCCUGCCGAGUUGAGCUGGUUCCGGGGGUCCCCAGGCCUGAACGCCACCCCCCUCUCCAGCACCGCGAUCCUGGAGCUGCCUCGCGUGGGGCCUGCACAGGAAGGACAGUUCACCUGCCAAGCUCGGCACCCGCUGGGCUCCCACAACGUCUCUCUCAGCCUCUCCGUGGUCUCCCCCCCGCAGCUGCUGGGACCCUCCUGCUCCUGGGAGGACCAGGGUCUGCACUGCAGCUGCUCCUCCAGGGCCCAGCCGGCCCCCUCCCUGCGCUGGUGGUUGGGGGCAGGGCUGCUGGAGGGGAACCAUGGCAACGCGUCCCACGUGGUCACCUCCAGCUCAGAGGGGCCCUGGACCAACAGCUCCCUGAUCCUCCGCGAGGGGCUCAGCCCUGACCUCAGACUCAGCUGCGAGGCCCGGAAUGUGCACGGGACCCAGAGUGUCUCUGUCCUGCUGCUGCCAGGGAAGGCCGUGCCCCAGGCGGGCGUGGUUCCUGCGGCUCUUGGAGGAGCUGGUGCCAUGGCCCUGCUGUCCCUAUGUUUCUGUCUCAUCUUCUUUUGCAUAGUGAAAGCCCGCAGGAGGCAAGCAGCCGGGAGAACAAAGGUCAUGAAUGAUGAAGAGCCUGUCAUGGGCACAGUCACCUGGGGCUCCAAGAAAAACCUCCCGCCGGACGCGCCCCCAGACCAAGCGCCACCUGCGGAGAAGGGCCCUCUGUCGGGGGAGCCGCAGGAGCUCUACUACGCCAACCUCACCUUUGAGGGGCUGAAGCCACGGGAGCCUCCGGACCAGGCGGCCACCAGCACCCACGAGUACUCAGAGGUCAAGCGCGCACGCCAAUGAGGACUCGCUCAGAGCUCGGUGCUGGCCAGAGGAUACACAGCCCCUGGGGGUGGGGGCGCCGGGGAGAGAAGUCCGGGACUCAUUGCUGAAGCGUGAGGAGACCUUGUGGCCUGAUUAACAUUAACGGCUGGAUGAGCAGCCCCAGGCAGAGCAGGAAGAAGACAGGCGAUGGGGUUUGAGAGACGGGAUGGGCCGGCUCCCAUGUCCAUCUGCACCUGUGCUGCAGGUGAGCUGCUCCGUGACGCUGUCUCUCACCCUCCCGCGCCCUCCAGAACAGCACUUCCUGGCUCCUGGCACAUGGUCUAAGGUCUGGGUUUUCUAAUAAAUCCCGUCUUCUCAUAGU